UUAAUACAGUAGAGCGGCAUCGAUGGUGGCUGAGUACCCACAUCCAACGGGAGGGGGAGCGACGGUGCCUAAAGAGGUUGAAACAAUAGAGUACUGGAUUUCUAGAGAGGAGAAGGACAGAGGAAUCUCCUCUUCCGGCUGACCCGUGGGAGGACUGUGGCGUGCAGGACGUCUCUCCUGCUCUUCCCAGGACUUUAGCAGCUGGAAGGCUGAAAAGAUGCUAGGAAGAGAAUUCCGGACAAGUGAGAAUCCCAAGGAGCAUUAAAAGGAAACCAAAUCCAGCCAGCAAUGAAAGUGCACUACAAAAGUCUUCUUCAGGCAAGUGACAGACAAAAGAGAGAAUAUGAAGAGAGUUUUGAGUUGAAAAAAACUUAAUAUGUAGAACUCAAACAAACACUCCAAAAAAAGGUCAAGGGGGAUUAUUUUCAAAUUCAGAAAAAGGAGAAGUAAUCUGGAAUCAGUGCAGGAGGAAGUGGUCAUGAUAAUCAUAUAAAAUAAGCAGGCAUUCAAACUUCACCCUGUGAAGCAAGUAAGAGUAGCCUGAAUGAAAGCACUAUCCAAGAAGGGAUCCAAAACAUUUUUGAUCUUGAGAAUCCAAAAAUAUCCUUGGUGGAAAAAUUCCACAAUAUGCAUAUUGUAGGUAAAACACAGAUUGCAGAGCACAGCUGAUUAUGCACAAGAGGACACACACUGAGGAAAAGCCCAGCCACUGCCCUCAAAUGUGGCAAAUAGCUUUAGGAAAUGUGAUACACAAGAGGAUUCAAUGGAAGAGAAACCAUAUGGGUGUCUAGAUUGUGGGCAAACUUUCAGUCAGAAUUCUCACCUGGUGAUACACCAGAGGACUCACACAGGGGAGAAACAAUAUGAGUGUCCGGAUUGUGGAAAAGGUUUCAGUCAUAAUUCCAACCUGACCAUACACCAGAGGACUCACACGGGAGAGAAACCAUACAAGUGUCCAGACUGUGGCAAACGUUUCAGUCAGAAUUCCAAUCUGGUAAUACACCAGAGGAUACACACAGGACAGAAACAGUAUGAGUGUCCGGAUUGUGGGACACGUUUCAGUCAUAAUUUCACCCUUGCAAUGCACCAGAGGAUUCACACAGGAGAAAAACCCUAUGAAUGUCCAGAUUGGUGGGAAAGGUUUCAGUAAUAAUUCCAAUCUUGUGAAACACCAAAGGACUCACAGAGGAGAGAAACCAUAUGAGUGUCCAGAUUGUGGGAAAGGUUUCAGUCAUAAUUCCAACCUGAUGAUACACCAGAGGAUUCACCAGGAGAAAAACCCUAUGAAUGUCCAGAUUGUGGGAAAGGUUUCAGUCAUAAUUCCAAUCUUGUGAUACACCAGAGGACUCACACAGGGGAAAAGCCAUAUGAGUGUCCUGAUUGUGGGAAAGGUUUCAGUACUAGGACUAACCUUAUAAAUCAUGUAGGUUUACACACAGGUGAGAAACCUUUCAAGUGCCCAGAGUGUGGAAAGUGCUUCUCACAAACUUCUUCCCUUAUUAAACAUAAGAAAGUCCACAUGACCCAGAAGCUGAAGAGUAAAGCUUGACUUCCGGUUUGGCGUCGCGGCAAUUCAGUCGGGGAAAUGGCGGGGCUCUGAUGAGCCCCGCCCAAACCCUGACUGGCUAACUGCCGCUGACAGGUCUGCGGACGUACCCUGUCCUGAAGGGACAGGGGAACAGAGAAGGAUCCCUUGGGCGGCCAAGAGGAACGGGCAAGUUCCUCGGAGGCCGGAGGCAACCCUCUAAGUCAGCGGCAGGGGACGGCAGCCAUGGCGGCUGCGAGAUUGCGACAAAUUGGGACAAGCAGUGCGCUGGAGGAAGGAAGGAAGGACGAUGUGCUUCGGAGCCGGGUGAGUGACACCAACCCAGGCGAGAAACAACGUGUUAAUAAGGUUAUUUACAAAUAAGACCCCCAACCUUACCGAGCGGCUAAUGAUCUGAGGGGCUUGAAGAUUUUCUAAAAUAAGGAAAAAUUGAUUGAAAUGAACUGCUCAUUAACUAAAUAGAGCUGGAUAUUUGAACUUUCUCAUUAAAACCGAAAUGAAUUUGAAAAGAGAAAAGUGAUAAUUAAGAAUUUGCCAUCUCUAAACGCCAGACAAAGUGAUCUAACGGAUUGCUACAUAAAUGUUUCAAAAUGGCGAUUGAAGCUGUGAGUAAGUGAAAGUGAUGAUUGCGGAAACUUGUUUUUUCCUGAAAAGAACCUAUUUGACUUGUUACAUAUUGUGGAUUACUUUGAAAAGAACUAUGGUUUUUUUGAACUUUGGAGAUUCCUAUUCUGUCGUUUAAUGGCUUUACAAAGAAAGAAGAAAUACAAUGACUAAUAAACUUUUAACUAACUGGCACAGCAACAAAAGGCUUGGCACAGGAACAGAAGUGGAGAAGCUGAUGUUUUACUGGAAACAGACUUUAUAAUAGAAUUAAAAAGGAUAUGUAGAGUUUUAAGCAUGGAAGUAUUGACUUUGAAUUGAAAUGCUUAUGGACAGAUAAGGAAACGAAGAAGUAAAAUAGAUAAAUCAGAUAGCAAUGUUUGAAUGUUUAAUUGUUUAAAUGGUUCAAAGUUUAAAUGAGCUUUAAAUAAAAACAAGUGUUUAUGGUAAACAAAGAUAGAAAGAUAAUUAAAAUAGAAGGGGGAAGUUAAGGUGACUAAAAGUGAUAUUUUCAUAAAAGCAUAACUUGUAACAUGUUUUAGUUUUAAUUUGAUAACAAAGUGGUGGAUGAUAAUUAUGAUCAAUUGUUAAUGAUUAUAGAUGAUAUACUAAGGUACACAGAUGGAAGUCAUAAUUGUGAUUGCAUUUAACACGUUGGAAAUGAUUAAUAUUAAGAAAUAGAUGGGGACACACCCUGGAAGAGUAUAGUUGGAAACAGUGGAUUAAUAGACAAUAUAUUGAAAAAGAAAAUUUUAAAAUAAGUUAGCAGAAUAGUAGUUGGAGUUAAUGGAGGAGAAUAUGCUGAGAACUCAGCCAAAAUAAUGUAAUGCUGGAAAUCAGCCAAAUAAUAGGUGGAAUUAUGGAGGAGAUUGCUGUUAAUCAGCCAAAACAAAGCAUGUUGGAAAUCAGCCAAAACAAUGGAAAAUGCUGGUAAUCAGCCAAAUAACAGGUGGAGUUAUGGAGGAGAAUAUGCUGAAAACUCAGCCAAAAUAUGUUAUGCUGGAAAUCAGCCAAAUAAUAGGUAGAGUGAUGGAGGAGAAAGGAGAAUACAUUGAAGAAUAAUUAUUAAUAAGGGGUGAAAAAGAAAAUGUUGGCUGAUAAUUAAAAUGAAAUGGUAAAUUUUGAGAUGUCUGUGUAAAAGUUUAAGAACAUGAUAGGAUGAAUUGGGUCUAGAAAAUGAGAAAAAUAGAAAGAAAUUUUGAUUAAUAAAUUGAAAUAAAAAUUGAGUUGUAUACAUUUGGAAAUUAAGAUUUGUGGUGAUAAAAUUGUAAAGUAAAUAUAUAGAUUAAUAAAUUAAAUUGUUUUUGUGUUUAAUGUUGAUGUUAAAAGGAGCAAGGGAAAAAAAUUUAGAGAGGUAUUGAAUUUUGAUUUAUAAUUGAAUUUAUAAUUGAAUAUAAAAAUGAGCUUUGCUUUAGUAGGAGAUUAAGAUGUAUGAUGAGAUAAUAGAAAGAUUUAUUAAGAUGUUGGAAUUUAUGUUAAAAUUGUUUGUUCUCAUUUGUUAAACUAGUAUACCCAUUUGUGACCGGACCAAGACUUCAUUCUAGAAAAAAAAUUCUUGUUUAUGUUUAUGUUGGAAACAAUAAAAAAUGUCUACAAAAA